AGCAGCGUCCAGGUGGUUGUGGUCCACUCCGAAGCUCGUAUUCCUAAAUGUAUCGGCGCCUCAAUUCGCCUGUCUGAAAAGCAUCUCGAACAAGCUGCAGAUUUUUUCAUGGGCUGUCUUGUGAUGCUAGUGAUUGUUGUACCCGACUUCUGCACCUUGAACGGGAAAAGCACCAGUUAAUCUUAUCUGCGGCAAUGGAAACUAGUCGAAAUGGGAGUCCGAUACGUUUAAAAAUAUGGACCCUUAACAUUCAUUCCCUAACACGCCGGUAAAACUGUGCACAGCUUCCUCGUGUUCAUCUUCUUAGUGCCAUCCUCAUGUAGAGACUGACGUGUGUUGUGCUUUACGAUGCAAGUGAAUGUUAUAAAGCGGUGAUUGCGAUAUUCCCAAACAAGCCUGUAACACUGUGUACAACUUCCCCGUGAUCAUCUCAGUGUAAAGGCUCACGUGUGUUGUGCUUUACGAUGCAAAUGAUUGUUACCCACCGGUGAUUUCGAUGCUACUGGACGACAGAAUGACAGCCAUAUAGCGAGGAGGAAAUUAAUGUCAAGAUGAAGCAACCUAUAAUUCCUCUGAGCCAUUCCUAGACGAGCGAUUCUGAGCCAAGCGAAGAGGACUGACGAGGGAAAUUACUACUACUACUACCUCUCCACAUAAAAAAACGUGACAUCAACAGACGCAGCUCAUAAGACACACGCAGUCUCUAUCCAUUCAAGAAUAUCAACAAUAAACACGGAAAUAAGCAGACGAGUAUUAUCAAGCAAGAAACACGUAUUGCAGAGAUGCGGAGACCGUCCACGCAAGCGGCUUUGUUGAUGUCCAUUCUCAUUACGUUCGUCCUGCUAGUGUGGACACCCUUUGUUAAGCCCGUCAACAUCGACCCCGAGAGUGUCCCAGUGAGACUAUCAUUGCCCAUCCCUUCAUACCGGGCCCACAGACGAGAGGGAGUGAAUGAGGAAAGUGUCUUAGAAAUAGUACCUAAGGAUGCUCAGGAGGACCCGUAUGCUGGCCACCACUACGAGGCAAGCCAUGAGGGAGAUGGACUUAUGGGACACACGCACGCCUCCGUCCAGCCUGCUCCCAACGAAGAAGAAUCUCACGCUGCACGCGAUGAAGUCAUAGAUGAGGGAGAUAGACACACGCACGGGCCCAGCCAAGAUGAACCUCCUGUGGGCGUCGUCGCCAGUCAACCAGUCCAGUCAGCUCACACAAGUCAAGGAAUGUAUACUCUUUAUAGCCUUGACACAAGUAGCGAACAGCCCAAAUCGACAACGCCGUUCCUCUUUGACCCUGAGAGCCGCUGGGCUAAAGUACGCAAAGCCAUAACGCUGUGGAACAGGAACUUUACUUGGGGCAGCCACCCUCUCCCCGGCGCCUCGGAGUUCAAGGCUGCGCCGGGGUCACGCUGGGUCACGUUCUUCCAUGAUCAAGCGGUGGUGCCGAUGCUGCUCACGGACAACUCAACGAUACUAGGCUGUGUGGUGCAGGAGGUCAUAGAGGAGUGGGAGCAGGACAAGGCGCACGAGUACCUUGGGAGCAUCAUGCCUCUGCAGCCCGUGGACCUGCCCCUCAUGGUCCACCUGAUCUCCAUGUGUGGCAUAAUGCACACCCCACCGCCCGCCGCACCGCAGUCCCUUGAGCCUACCAACGUGUGGACCGAUGGGCUGUCGAUGCUGCAGGGGAUCCUUCCUGGGACGCUGUGGUGCGGCAGGAGCGACAAGGCCAAGGUGUUCGGCCAGCUGGGGCCACGAGCGGCUCUUGAUGCCUGCUGCCGCACCCACGAUCACUGCCCCGCCAAACUGCUGCCCAUGGACACCCGCUACGGCGUCACCAACCUCAGCCUCAAGACCAUGUCUCAUUGUUCGUGCGAGCUUGAGUUCUACAGAUGUUUGAAGGCCGUGCCCUCAGACCCUCUCGCCAUCACGGUCGGGCAAGUGUAUUUCAACUUCCUCAGGCUGGACUGCCUCACACCGGCUCCCACGUCAGCCCCCUCUAGCCGAAACAACAACCUGCCGGGGGGGGCCUACAGUGCUCCCCUGGAACACACUAGCAUCCCCCCCUCGAAACCAGCCACUCGCACUGUCCCAAAAUUCGUGUGCUACCGCCCGGAUUCGAAUAGGGGGUGUCGGAAGUGGGUACCUAAUCCGCAAGCCGGCCCCACCCUGUACCAGUUCACGCCCUCCAAACUGAAUUUUUGAUGCCCCCUGGUCAACGCGGUGAAAACGGACUUUUAUCGGAGCCGAACUGACGAACUGUUUGGUAUCCUUGUGUAUGGAGGCAUCAGAAGAUCUCUACCGUAAAACGAGGUAAUUUGGGACGAUUGAAUUCAUUAUGUAAGUGAUUAAUUAGAGGAUUCCAAAUAAUUAAAACUUUACUUUAGGACCUGUAUAGGGUAGAGUUAAAAAUUCCCUAAAAUUUUAUAAAAAGUAAAACUUAAAUAUUUAAAUGUCCUUCCACAUUCUGCCCUUUAAAUGUGGACCUUUAAACCCACCCUCUGCACGAAGGAAACACUAGUUCUUCUACACGAUUAUUCCUUUUAUUUUGAAAAGAUUUGGCAGCUUAGCUAGCCCUAUAUUCUGCAACCCAAACCAAUUAAAUGUUUAUUUUCACAUAAUUUGUUCGUUCAUUAUCACAAAAUUACCAAAAAAUUGUCCCAAAUUUCCCCGUUUUACGGUACUCACAGUAACUCCCACAGGAUCAUAUGCCUAUAGUUGAACUCUCUCUCUCUCUCUCUCUCUCUCUCUCUCUCUCUCUCUCUCUCUCUCCACCAGACUAAUAUAUGGUCAGAUGUGAUACUUAUUUUCAUUGUGUUUUGCAAGCGAUACAUGUUUUAACCUAUGUAUAUUACGUAUGUGUUAUAUUCUAUUUUUAUAUCUGAUUUAUGCUGCCUGUGUGUGAAACGUAAAUCACACGCACACACACACACACACACACACGCAACAAAAACAAUAAAGAUAAGAGAUAA